UCACGCAUUCAUGGAGAUGGUAAUAGAGGUUAGAGCUUCGAGAGCCCUAACAAUGGCGAUGGUGCUCCAACUCCUAAUAGCCAUUAUACCCCUCGCCACUGCUACGGCGUUGGAGUUCCACCACCUCAACGUGCACGAGUUGGUCUACGCCACCCAUAGACCACCCAGUACGACCCUUCACGACACUCCGCACUCUCAAGACCCGGUCCACGAGCGCACCCGCGACGAACCCAAAUGGGCUCUUAAACUGGUCCACCGCGACGCCCUGCUCCCGGUCCACGACCGCCGCUAUCGCCAACGCUUCCUGCAACGCAUCAACCGCGACGCCCUCCGAGUCGCCGGUCUCGCCCGGCACCUGAACCGGACCGCGCCGCCGGUCCGGUUCGCCUUAAACGACUUCGGCUCGGCCGUGGUCUCCGGUCUAGACGAAGGCGUGGGCGAGUACUUGGUACGCGUAGGCAUCGGCAUGCCCGAGAGGGAACACUACCUCGUAGUCGACACGGGGAGUGACGUCACCUGGGUCCAGUGUCGACCCUGCUCCCAGUGCUACGACCAAGCCGAACCGGUCUUCGACCCGGCCGGUUCGGCCUCGUUCGAAGGCGUCUCCUGCGGCUCGACCGUGUGCGGCCUAGUGAACCGGGCCGACCCGUGCCGGUCGGACCGGUGCCGCUACGCGGUGGCCUACGAGGAUGGGUCGUACACGAAGGGAACCCUAGCUUUUGAAACCCUAACUUUUGGGCCCACUCACGUCCAAAAUGUGGCGAUCGGGUGCGGCCACACUAACCACGGGCUUUUUAAUUGGGCUUCUGGGUUGUUGGGCCUUGGAGCCGGCCCAUUAUCUUUGGUGGGCCAGCUCGGCCCGCAGACCGGUGGGGCCUUCGGCUACUGCCUGGUCAGCCGGGGGGCCGGGCCGUACGGCUCGCUGGUCUUCGGCCGGACCGCCGCCGUGCCACGUGGCGCCGCGUGGGUGCCGCUGCUGACGAACCCGCAGGCGCCGAGCUUUUACUAUAUUGCCCUUCUUGGGUUAGGUGUCGGCGGGGUAAGGCUUCCGGUGCCGGAGCAAGUGUUUCAGCUGGCAGAGAACGGUGAAGGCGGGGUCAUCGUCGAUACCGGCACGGCGGUGACGAGGUUUCCCCCUCAAGCAUACGAAGUGUUAAGAGAUGCAUUUGUCGAUGCCACGGAGGGGCUACCGCGCGGGCCAACGGUGUCGAUUUUCGACGCGUGUUAUGAUCUCUCGGGAUUCGGGACCGUGCGCGUGCCGACCGUGUCGCUGUAUUUUGACGGCGGGGUUGUGCUGACAUUGCCGGCGAGGAAUUAUCUGGUCCCGGUGGACGGCGUGGGGACGUUCUGCUUGGCGUUUGCUCCGUCGAGUUCGGGGUUGUCGAUCGUCGGGAAUAUACAGCAGGAGGGGAUUCAGAUGAUCGCUUUUGCAUGCGGCUAGUGGAUUCGCAGGGUUCGACCUGACACUUGCUAGUGUGCAAAAAUU